UCAACAAAGAAGGACAUUAAAGUAGUCUUACGCAAAAGAACGUAAUACAAGUACCUAUCUGCCCGGAAGGUAAGGUACUAAGUUAAGUGGGUGUGUGUGUUUGUGUGUGUGUUCACUGCCCGUCUUGGGUAGAUGGAUCCUUCACAGUACCCUCCACGAUCCGAUGGCCUACCACCCUCGGAUCAACAGUCGUGGGGCUUCGAACUACCACAUCACUUCCUUCCCAUCGGCGGUAUGCCUGAUAUGAUACCACAAAACUUUGAUCCCGGCCUAGUACCUAGGGACUCCCAUAAUGGUUUGAACAACCUCGCCUCCGCUGCCGCCAUAUCUAACCCUUACCAUGUAUCCGAGCCACCUCUUCCCGGCCACCGGAGGUCGAUAGACGACGGCGGCCCGUCUGCCUUUAUAGGCAACGAUGGACUUGCAUCCAGCACCUCGGCGGCGGUCGCACAGCAGAGAGAGCAGACCAGAGCCAGACGCCGCGUCCCGAGUUCUCAGCGCAAAAGGACACAGAUCAGUUGCGACGCCUGCAAAACCCGGAGAUGCAAAUGUGUGCGCCUAAAGCCCCCUGAUGGCAACAAUGCUGCCGAGGGACAUGAGAGCCACUCACCGUGCAAGCUUUGCACCGAAACCGGUAUCGCCUGCGUGACCACCAUGCCGCGAAAGCAACGGGUUUACGGAAGCGUGGAGAACUUGGACAGGCGGUAUCGAGCUCUCGAGGCGCUGGUGUCGGGCCUGUUUCCAGAUCUGAACCCCAGAGCCUCUGCGCAAGAACUGAUUUCUUUUGGAAGAGAGAGGGCGAUAGCGAUGCCUGAUUUCAGCGACUCGUCCAGCCAGGUCCGGUCUCCGUCAUCCGAGCCCAGCAUCAAGCCAAAUCCAUCUGAAGCGUCGUCUCACGGAUCGGGUCAGCUCAAGCGCAGACGGAGUUCCAACUUGGUGUUUGCAGGGACUGAUCAGGAGAAAACCGUAUUGCCUCCUUCGUACCUUAUGAGGUUUGCGCCGGUGACCACCCCGCAAACCAAAGCUUCCCCUGCUGACUCGGUGCUGGAAAAUGUUGCGGAGACAAACGCGGAACGCACGGGCUUGAUCUUGGACGCCACCGGCCGUCCGCACUACAUUGGGCCAUGCGGGAGUCUUGCCUUCUUCGCGAAGAUGCGGGAGCUGUUCUCCCAGCGGCUGAACGCUACAACCGGUCCCGGCGACCCUGGCCAAUCUGCCGGCAACUUUAAGAGAGACAGAACGGGCCAGUUCAUCAACAACCCCCUCGCAGCAUCGCUGGGCGGCACCGGAGAUCGCGGACGUGGCGGCGGAUCCCCGUCCGGACGAGAACAUCCUUCCUCUUCCCAUGCGGGCCCCCACGAGCUAGACCAUCUAGAAGGAGACUCCCCGCCCCAGAUAUGCGAGAACAUGCUCAAAGACCACCCCAACGACCCGGAGUUCUGGCGCUACCGCCAGCGCAUCUCCAAGCUCAAACUGCCGCCCCGCGAGCGCGCAGACGCCUGCCUGCAGGCCUUCUUCCGCUUCGUGCACCCGAACUACAUCCUCUUCCACCGGCUGACCUUCCAGGGGUCCUACGAGAAGAUGUGGCGGUGCUGGGACGCGCACCGCGACGAGCGCCCCGGAGCAAAGGAAAUCGCCGUCUCGGUCGGCUGGCUGUGCUGCCUGUACAUGAUGUUCGUGCUGGGCUCGCGGGCGCUCCCGCAGGACGCCGAGUCGCUCGAGUUCCAGCGCAAGUGGUUCGCCGAGGUCGACAAGCUCCCCCCGCUGCUCGGGACCUCGAGCCUGCCGAACGUGUGCGCGUACAUGCUGCUCUCGCUGUACUACCACAACACCAACGACCGCACCAGCGCGUGGACCUUCCACGGCGCCGCCUGCCGCCUCUCCAUCGCGCUCGGCAUGCACCGCGAGAGCGCGUCAGGGCUCUUCGACCCGCUCGAGCGGCAGCUGAGGAAGCUCGUGUGGUGGACGCUGUACGAGUACGAGCAGUUCCUGUGCUGCUCGCUGGGGCGGCCCAGCGCCAUCGACGACCGCGAGAUGGACGUCGGCAUCCCCAACGACGACUACCUCGACGCGAACCUGCUGCCCCCGCGGUACAUCGAGCACUCGGCGCGGCUGAACAUGCUGCUCGCGGCCGUGCGGCGCGGCAUCUUCGACCCGAACUUCGUCCCCGAGAAGAUGCACACGCGCGCGCUCGAGUUCCUCGAGACGAUCCUGCAGUGGGAGGACACGCUGCCGCGGGGCCUGCGCCACGACGGCCUGGACUACGGCGUUGUCGGGGGAAACGGGGGAAACAACGACAACCCCUGGCGCAGCGUCGCGCUGCUGCACAUCCGGUACCAGCACACGCUCACCUUCCUCACCCGGCCUUUCUUGUUCCAGGUGAUCCAGCGAUGCACGCAGCACAACAACACCAACAACAACAACAGCAACAACGAAGGCCCGCACGCCACCAUCGACGCGAGCGCCGCGUGCAAGGCGCGGGGUCUCAGCAAGGUGAGCCUCACGGCGGCGAUGCGGGGCGGCGAGCUGAUCAUCCGGAUGUGGCGCGCGGGGCUGGUGAACGGGGUGACGUGGCUGGACCUGUACUACGCGUACAUGUCGAGCCUGGACAUCUCGCUCGCGCUGCUGGCGCCCGCGGCGUUCGACUGGGACGAGGUGCACCCGGAGAUCCCGAGCCAGGGCCUGCUCGUGCAGCGGUACAGCGCGGAGCAGAUGCGCGACGCCGUGCGCCAGCUGUACUUCGUCAUGAGCCACAUCGAGGUGUGCGGGACGAACGCGCGGUUCGCCAAGGCGGCCUUCGAGUUCGCGAGCGCGCUGGGCAUCGCCACCGUCGACGAUCACUCGUUGCCGGUGUCGGCGGCGGAUGGGAAGGCGGUGGCGAUGGGGAUGGCGGGCGAGGACAAGGACAUGGUUGGGAAGAAUGUUUUGGCGGAGAUGGGUGGUGGGGGGAAGGGCGAUGACAGGAACAGUAACAGGAACAACAACAACAGCAUCAGCAGCGGCGGGUUCUGCGGAGACGGGAGCAUAGCGGCGCCACCACCACCCUCGGGAACCGACGCUUUCGCCCAACAGAACACCAACACCAACACCAACACCAACAACAUGGCCUCCCUAACAGCGCCCGGCCCCGGCCCCGGUCCCGGCCCAGGCGACUACUACCCCACCACCGACAUGAACCUCGACGUGCAGACAGACCUGAUCGCGCCGUACCCGCAGCAGCGCGACGAGAUGAGCUACGUGCAAUGGGACAUGUGAGUACCCUACCCUACCCUCCCCUCCCCUCCCCUAUCCCAAAACUUGGAAAUACGAAAAUAAAAAUAAAAAUCAAGCAUUGACGCAGCAAUGGAUGGAUGAACUAACCCCGCCCCGACUGUAGGAUCAUGCCUCCUUCGCAGUGGAACGAUGGGUCGCUGAACAUGGAUCUGGACUGGGUGUGGCAGUGCCCGAAUCAGAGCUGGCAUGGGGGGUUUA